AUACCAAAAGUUUAAAGGUCAACAACAAUGAUGGGCAUUAUUUUAUGAGAGCCAAUUUUGUAAGAGCAGCUUCAAAAAUGGACUCAUCUCCUAUAGAGUAUCAGCCUUGUCCUCUGCAGUUCUAUGAGUUUCAACAACUCGACACGGCUUUGGACUGUCCCAUCUUUACAGACAUUUUGGCACAUCAAGAUCGUCCGAUAAAUGUGGACUCUAUUUCCUCUCUACAAAGCGAGCUGAUUGCUUUACAAGGCAGUGCUCAAAGUCGAAUUAGUCUUCUAGAGGCGGAGGUGGCUGCAUUGGAAACCUGGCAGGUCAAGAGGGACUACAGAAAGCGUAAACACAGUGACGGUGAUUCAAGGUCCCAGCGAUCUGACACUCCCCUCAAGAAAUUGAAAGUGGAAGAAGUAUCAAAGACCAAAAAAAUUAAAUCCAAAAAAUCUCAGAAUGAUUUCCCAACUCCGAGUGACCCUGUAAAGGUCAAAGGUGAUGCUCCAGACAGGUUUUGGGCAUCGGUAGAGCCAUACUGUGCUGAUCUGACUGAGACGGACCUCAAACUACUGCAGGAGGGAAUCAGAAAUCAGGAGAAUGAUGAUGCUUACAGUGUCCCUCCUCUGGGGGUGCAUUAUUCUCGACAGUGGGCCUCUCACGACAUACACAGCGAGAGAGAGGUGUCAGCUCGACUGGGUCAGUUGGCUGAUCCCUUUACUGAGAGAGGUGGAGAGUGGGAGGAUGAGUCCGACCACAUGCUGAACCAAGCUGACUCAGCUAAAGACAAGCCCCAGUACGGACCCCUUACUGAAAGACUUAUUGCAGCAUUUCUUGAAGACUCAAAUGGUCAGAACAGAGGCACUACAGGUCAAGUGCGUAUGAACACACCCCCUUCUGCUGUUACUGUGGAUACGUUGGAGAAUAGGAUUAAACAUGAAUUGAUAGCACUGGGACUCUUCAAUAUUGAGGAUGAGUUAAGAGAAGCUGAUGAAGGUGAGGACGAGAUACUGGCAGAGCUCAGAAAGAAUCAAGAUGAACUCAAUACCAUUAGUGAGUACAACCUUAGCCAGAGACAAACACUUUACAAGCUGGCAAAGCAGGAGAUGAAACGGCAAGAACUGAGACAAGCUGCAAAAGAGGCUGAUGAGGAAGUGAUAACUUGGUUGGGCCGUAUUACUAGCCUGAAGCAAAAACGUAAGGGUGCUCUCACUCGCAAAGAGAAGGAAUCUGCUUGGAGGGCUCUACAACAGAGGGAGGAGAUUCAGAGGAAAAUCAAUCACAAACUAUAGCAGAUAAUAUAGUCCACUGAGUGAGUAUGUGUACAUGUAUGUCGUCUUGUGUGUCUGUCAGUAUAAUUAUUUCUGUUAUAUCGACAAUAAUUAAUUACCA